UAUAUUUUAUACAACAAAAAAAUAGAUGUAGAAUUAUUUAUGUGUUAUGCCUUUUUAGUUAAUUGUGGUACUACAUUGAUUUACAUAAAAAACAAAUUAUAGUAAAACAUACUAUAUACUUCAAUAAAAAUAUUUCUAUUUAAAAUUAUUGUACACAUAAGAUCUAAACAUUUUUUAGUUAUUAGUUGUAUUUGUAGAAUGCUUUACUAUUUUAGUGCUUAAUAAAUGCGCUUAGGAAAUAAAAAAUUUAAUUCAACUUCAUAUUUCUUACCAAUUAGUUAUUGCCAUUGAUUUUGUAGAAUGUAGAUAUAUUGGAACUAUAGUCUUUCAUAAUUAUAUCUAUACUAAUUAAAUUAAGUAUUUUGUAGGUUCAUCAUAUUAUGAAAAGUGUUGAAGUAUAAGAACCAGUCACCAAGAAAUAUGAAGAGUGGUGAUCUAAGGUUAAUUUUUAAUAAAAUUCAAAAAAUUACAUCUCCAAAUACUAACUUUGUCAUAUAAAAAUAAAAUUUAAACUCUACUAUGAAUCGAGAACCAAAUCAAAAUAACUUAUUCCUACUUAUAAACUUAUUAGAAUUAAUCAAACAACAUCUUCCGAUAUAGCUAAUAAUGGCGCUUUAGAUCUUACCUUGGAUUCUUUUACUAGUAUUAUGACCAAUAACAAUUGUGGAACAGUACAAAAUAAUGGUGAAAUUGUUCGUCAAGUCAAUAAUUAUUCAGAAAUUCCAAAUGAAUACAUUGAAUUUGGUGUUGAACCUAAUAAUAACACAAUACAUCAACAGUCUAAUCAAUUUGUUCAAUAUGCUGGUCAACCUUUACAGCAUAAUCAGCUUUCACAAUCACUGGUGAAUUAUAUCCACCAAGAACCUGCUAAUUAUUCGCAAAAAAUGACGCCACCAAUUACAACUUCCGCGGACAUUGAAAGACGUAGACCAAUUAUUAUUGAUGGCCUAAAUAUUGGUUAUAGUCAUGGAAGCCAUAAGAAGUUUUCUGCAAAAGGCAUGCUUAUAUGUGCGCAGUUUUUUAUUCAAAAAGGAUUUAAAUCUGUGAAAAUUGUGAUACCCCAACAUCGUAGAGGAAAGCCUGGAACAGAAACGCAUUCAAUAAUAAAUAUGUUGAUAGACGAGGGUUAUAUUUAUUUUACACCCAGUAGAAAAAUCCGAAACAUUCGUCUAACAUGCUACAGUGAUCGAGUUAUUCUUGAUUAUGCUAUGAAAUGUGGUGGAGUUGUGGUAUCCAAUGACAAUUUUCGGGACCUAUAUGGUGAAUACCGAGAGAUAAUUGAAACAAGACACAUCAUGUUCAUGUUCAUUGAUGAUAUAAUAAUUUUUCCAAAUGAUCAGUAUGGUUACAAUCUUCCACAUUUGUUUGCUCCUAAUAUUUUGCAUUUUCCUGCUUAAUUUCAAACAUAUUACCUGCCAGUAUUAUAUUAAGUUUA